AUGGCGCCAUCACCCUCCAUCCCCACCCUCAUAUGCGUCCUCCCCAUAGCAACCUACACCUUCCACGCCCUCUCCCUCUCCAAGCAAAACAUCGACCGCCUCCUCACCUACGAGCGCGAGGCCGAGCGCGCCGCCCAAUGGAGCCAAACCGCAGCCCAACGACUGCGCAAGUCGAGGAUGACGCAGGCCGCUGGCGUGUUUUCGCUCGCAUUCUCCAUAUUCACAUGCUUCAUCCUGCCCAUCCUCCCACCCACGGCAACAAUGUAUCGACUUUGCCUCGCCGCUGUCAACUCCAUCGUCCUAGCCGUGGCAGCGCUCUACAAGUCGUGGUUCUGGAACGAGCGGACGCAGGUGAAGAUUCCUCUGGUCGGCAAGUUCAAUGCGGCGGUUGCGGGUUCGGAAGAGGAAGUAAGGAUGCUAGGUUGGCUGUGCGGAGGAUGGGCGGCGGUGGGGUGUGCGCUGUGGUGGUUGGGGUAGGAUAAGGGCAGCGCCGGUUCGGAAGCAAAUACAUUGGACCAUGCAUCAUGCAGAGAGCAUCUAUAUGAAUGAGCAAAGAUCCAGAAGGGUAUCAUUCCAAUCAUCUUCUAACCCAAUCCCUCCAUUUCCCUCACAACCCUCACGCUCUC